CUGGACAAGAGCACAAGAUGAUCGAAGCGUCUGCAACAACGGCAACCUGCGCGCCCCAGUCGGGCGAACAGAACAGACGAAGACGCGCGGACUCGAAAAAGUUUCUCAACGACCCAAACAGUCAGACUGGAUGCGAGCGCGCGGAGGCUCGGCUGUGUCGAAGAGGCUGUCGAGAGUCUCUUCCCUCGGCUCUUCCGGCCUCGUCCGUCACCGCCUGCGACUCCUGCCCGUCCUCCCGUUCUCCUUCCAAUGCAUGCACAGCGACUCUCCCGCCCCUGCCUUCUCUCUCUUCUCUCUUUCCGCCGCUUCCCCAGAAGGCGGUCCAAGUGGAAUUGCGAGACGCAGCCGCUGGGCCAUCUGCGCGGUCGCUCUCGUGCGUGUCUCCGGCGUCGUCCUCCUGCCUGUCUUCGAGAGAAAGCGAAGAAAACGACGGCGAGAGGGACAUGAACAGAGACGGAGGGGAGAAAAACGAAAACGAGACAAGCGAAAUGCUCUCUGCGCCAGACUCUGCAGAGCCGCUGUGGAGACAGAGUCCGCCAGAGGAAGGUCACCCAGGAAGCGAGACUUUCCCACCCUCGGACAUGCCUUCAAAUCUCACCUCGCCGCAUUCCCCUUUGCUUCCCGGACGAAGUGGAACUCCAAACGCAACUCUCCCCUCUGAUCCUCGGACUUCAUCCCUGCUUUCUCCAUCUUCUUCUCCCUCUGCUUCUUCCUCAUCUUCUUCCUCUUCUGCGUCUUUCUCUGUUGAGGCUUCGCCACCUACUCCUAGGCGAGCAAGCAUGGCGAGAACGCCUCAAGCUGUUUCAAGGAGAGUGACGGUGCUGGGGAGAGGCGGAAAUCCUGCUACACGCGCGAAUCCUCCCGAGAAGAGCAAAUCCACCUCUCGCCUCUCUCGCGCUUCGUCGCACUCUGUAAAACGCGCAAGUGUCUCUGAGAGAAGAGAUCGAAAGAACUUGCGAGAGAAAGGCGAGAGGCGCUCGCGCCUGAGCAUGCAAGAAGCUGCGACCGCGGUCUCCGCCCCGACGAAGCAGUCCAUUACCGUUGUCAACUCCCAAGUUAAGAGAGAGACGUUUCAAGCGACGCAUCCGGCCUUAGACCUCGCCGAAUCUUCGGGGAACAGUCGUCUCGAACAGGCGUACCCGGGGGAGGCUCGAAGGAGCGGUCCGCGCAUUUCGAUUUUGGGGAGGAGCGGGGCGAUUCUUGCAGGUCCAGGAGCGUCUUCGUCCUUUGCGAGUCCGGAUGCAUUCAUGCAGAAGAUGUUUGCCUCGGGAUCUCUGCAUGCACAGCGCUUGCGACAAAGGGGGAGCGUUCUCCUCCAGCUCCAGGGAGUCCCAGGUGUCUGUACAGUGUGUGGCGAUGCGACGCACACCGAGGCCAGAUGUCCCGUCGCUCUGAGGCGCUUCCGGGCCGCAGCGAGGCAUCCCGACGAGCAGGACGAACGUUUUCCAGAAGAAAGACGCGAACCGAAAUCCACCAAACUGCUUGAGCAAGUGGACGCCUGGAACUUGAUCGGAACAGACCCGUUCUGCAGCGCGACAGCUGCGCAGGCAGCUCACCGAGCAGCGGACUUGUUGGAGGACGAGGGGGGCUCGGCUCUGGAAAGCUCAUCUCCUUCUUCGUCCAGAGGGUCCUCUUCGUCUCGCUCUGUCCCCCGCAGUCGUCUCUUUCUCGGAGCCGCCUCGAUAUCCUUUGAGCCACAAGAAGAAGCAAAUCCCUUUCUCCCCAUCACUCGAACUUCGCUCGCUGUGCGGAGACACGGAAGUGAAGUGACGAGGAAGAUCCGCUCUUCCUCUCCCGCGCUGUCGCCGGGUGCUGUCACCGACGCUCCAGACUCCUGGGGACAGGCGGCAGUCGGCAAGCAGAGAGACUCGGGGAGCGAAAAAGAUCAGGAAAUCGAAGGAGAGCGAGAGACGGAACUUCCUUCGAAUGUCAGACCGGUGCAGCGGCCAAGCAGGGAGGUUUCUCUCGGCAGUUUCCAUUGGGGAGACGCAGGCAGAGAGACAGAAGGAGAGGAUCGACGCGGUAGUUCCCUGCAAGUGCGGGGGGCGCGAAACGAAGGCGAAGAAGCCACAAACAUGUACAGUCGAAUGUCGCAGUUCCUCGCGUCCGUGGAAGCCGAGAAACGAAGAAGAAGGGAAGGGAAAGCAGAGGACGAAGAAAGAGAAGAAGAAAGAGAAGAAGAAAGAGAAGAAGAGAGAGAAGAAAACGAAGAAGAGGAAGAAGAAGAGGAAGACGACGAAUAUGGAGAGAUGGAUGUAAGGGAUACGGUCAAAGCCGCCAGGGAUCUCUUCGUCUGUCAGAGAAGCAGCGAAUUACGCGUUUUAUAUGCAGCGUGGGCAACCUCGCGCAUAGACUCCUUCGAUUUCUUCGACUCCAGAUUCGAUGCACGCGCGCUCGUCCAACGUCAAGUCACAAAUACUCACAGAGAGACAACGCACAGGCAACGAGGAAAGAGACAGAGACAAACUCAGACUGGGUUUGGACUGACGCCAUCUUCCGCAAGUGAUCCACAAGUCCACAUGCUUUGCCACUGA